AUGGGGUACCAGCAGAUUAACGCCGAUCAUACCGUGUUCUUUCGAAGGAGUGGAGACCAUAUUACCAUGCUUACGGAGAUUGCCCAACUCAAAGUAAGACUGGAAAAAGAAUUCAAGGUGAAAGAUCUUGGCUUGCUUCGAUACUUUAUUGGAAUAGAAAUAGCUCGAGGAGCUGAAUGGAUUGUCCUAUCCCAAAGGAAGUAUGCACUGGAUCUUCUCAAAGGGUCAGGGAUGUUAGGGUGCAAGCCUGUAACUGCACCGAUCGACCAGAAGUUCAAGCUGGACGCUAAGGCUGGAGAACCAAUUGAUCGUGACAGAUACCAGAGGCUGGUGAGAAGGUUGAUCUAUUUGAGUCAUACACGUCCCAAUAUCUCUUUUACAGUGAGCGUGGUGAGCCGCUACAUGCAUGAUCCGAGGAAGGGUCAUAUGGGCGCAGUGUACCAAAUUCUAAGGUAUUUGAAGAGUGCUCCCGGAAAAGGGCUGAUAUUCAGGAAGAAUGAACAUGUGAACAUUGAGGGUUACUGUGACUCUGAUUGGGCUAACUGUGCUGAUGACAGGAGGUCCACCUCAGGAUGCUGCAUCUUUAUAGGAGACAACUUGGUCUCGUGGAAGAGCAAAAAGCAGUCAGUGGUGGCAAGAUCAACAGCUGAAGUAGAGUAUAGAGUUAUGACCUUGGGAGUUACGGAAUUAUUAUGGUUGAAGAAUAUGCUGCAAAUUACAGAUCAGAUAAAGUCUUUGGCUUUGAACCUUGAUAAGGCAAAGUCAGAGGUUGGUGGGUUUCCUCUUUAUAAGACAAUUAAGGGAGGACCGCAAGCCGAAAGAUAA